AUGGCGUUUCGAUCUCCAUCCCAGCCUACCACUAGCCCGCGUGACUUUGCCGAUCUAUGGGACAAGUCUAUAGGCCUUUACGAGCAAGAUACUGGAAUAAAGCUCCUCGCUUCGCCUAUUGCCAAUGCAUUCCCUUCUCGUCCCGAAAGCGCCAAUGCAGUCAUGGACCAGAUCGUGAAGCAAAACGAAGUCUUCGAAGCAUUUCACAAGAGCGGAAAGAAGGUACUCGUCGUGCUGAGGCCCGUCGUCGACAUUAUCAUCUUGGCGAAGACCUACGUUGAAGGCGCUGCGAGUGCCAUCCCUGGGGGUCAAAUCAUCCUUGGCGCGAUCGGGGUUCUUCUCGAGGCGACGAAGGGUGUCAGUCGACUAUACGACGCCGUUGCGUCUCUCUUUCGAAAAGUCAAGGACUAUCUUACUCGCGUCGCAAUUCACUUCAGAGUCUCUACUCCACUGAGCGAACCCCUCUUGGAUAUUCUCGCCAACACCAUGGUCCAAGUCUUCCAUCUAUUCGCGUUAGCGACCAAGUACUGCAACUCAGUCGUCGGGAGCGAUUCAUGUAUGAAGAGGUGCGCGAGGGUUGUCUUUCGACGCACAAAGGAUUACUUCCGUGUGCUUGUGCACAAAACUGGCGCGCAAGGCAUACUCGACAACCUUGAAGAGCUCACGGAGCGCGAAAGACUUCUGCUCGCUGCGGACACCAACGCUACCAUCAGGGAAGUUAAGCGCGACGUUAGCUUCAUAUGCGCAGAGACCGCUAUCAGCGCACUACGUUCGUGGCUUCGGCCACCACAGCCGAGACCCGCAGAUUACGACAAGAAGAGGAAACAUGGCAGCUGUCAGUGGUUCAUCAAUGAUGAACGAUUCCAACAGUGGAAGACGAGCAAGGGCGGGGUCUACUGGGUCUACGGAAACGCCGGUGCCGGAAAGAGUGUCUUAUGCUCUGCUGUUCUCGAUACCCUUAGCAUGGACAAGGCACAGCUUCUGGCUUAUUUCUACGUCGACUAUAGCAACAUCCAGCAGCGAGAGGGUUGGGACGGGCUUGUAUCAUCCCUCAUAUUCCAACUGGGUACUGGUUCCAGUGAAGCCUGCUACAAAUAUCUCGUGGAGAAGCGCGGGGGCCGUGUCUCCCGCGAUUCAUUAACCUCCGAUCAACUGCUUGACAUGUUCGUGGAUUUGCUGCUCAUCCCCGGCCCCACGGUCGUCGUCAUAGACGCUCUGGAUGAAUUCCCCCAGGAUAUGCGGCAAGAUCAUCUAUUUCCCUUCCUUAAGAGACUCCAUUCCAACCUCGAGACUGGAAAUGUCGAACUCCGCUUGUUCAUCACCAGUCGCCCCGAGUCCGACAUUCAGCAUUUCAUGACCGAGUUUCCCAGUUUUGUUACCCACCAGCUCGACUUGGACAGCGCUCAACAACACAGAGGAGAGUUGGCCGAAUACGUAGCUGUCCAGCUUGCUGCAUCGCGCGUGAAUCUACGCCAAAGCGCCAAAAAGGACGCACAGGCAAUCCUAGUUGAGAAGGCCAACGGAAUGUUCCUGUGGGUGGACUUACAACUUCGCCGCCUGGAGGGCCUUGUCGAUGAGAAAGACGUCGAGGACACCCUACAGAAGCUUCCUAUUGGUCUCGAAGCCACAUACCAAAGGAUUUUGGAGAUCCCCAGCUCUUCGGACGCCUCGAUCAAACGGGCUCGGCGCGUACUUGAAGGUGUCAUGUCGGCAAAACGUCUGCUCUCUUUGGUCGAAGUGCUUGAGAUAUAUUCGGUUGAUCCUGAGUCCGCAGCCGACAUGCGCUCGAGCAUCGCCGAACAAAGCGACGAGACCGAGGACAAAGACCCCGAAUCUGUGAUACUCCGAGGAUGCCCCGGUCUUCUCGACAUCGUCAGCUUAGACGAAGGAGAGAAAGUCGUUCAGUUUAUUCAUCUUUCUGUCCAGGAAUACUUGACGUCUCCCAAGCUUCUAAGGGCCAAUCCUCCUGCGUGCGAGUAUGGCAUAGACGCAAAAUCUGCCAAUCUCACUCUGGCGCGAUUCUCCCUAAGAGCACUUGCCCCCGAGAGCACAUUCGCGGUCCUGCGGCCGUAUGCAGACGCAUACUGGGAUCAGCAUGUGUCUCCCAGCAAUGAAGGCGCACUGAGCACGCUUCUUGGCCAAUUCCUUCACAUUGGCUCUGCGUCUUUCACACGCUGGGCGGAUGCCCGAUUUGGUCGCAGCGAUGAAUAUAGUGCUUUUCGCUACGCUGCCAAGCUCGGCCUCUGCCAACGCGUAGGGAUCAUGUUGAAAGACCCCAAGGUCCCUCCCAGCACCUUCGUCAAUACGUGUGACGAGUAUGGACACGCCGCAUUAUACCUUGCUGUGGGAGAAGGGCAUACCGACAUGUGUCUCCUCCUGAUCAACUCUGGGGCCCUCGUUGAUCAGAAGUCGUACAACAUGAAGGGAGAUUUCCCCCUACAUCGGGCGGCAUGGGAUGGACAUCUGGACAUUAUUCGCCUUCUUCUGGAGCACUCUCAGGACCGUGUUGCUCUAUGCGACGCACGUGAAAAUGGGCGGGCGGGGCAAGGUAUGCAGACCGCGUUGCAUAAGGCCGCUGAAGCAGGCCACGUCGAGAUCUGCCGUCUAUUGAUUGAUAACGGAGCCCGCAUCGACGCCUUCGACUCGCAGUAUACCACUCCUCUGAUCUGCGCCCUACGGUCACGACGGCCUAACAUUGUCCGCGUCAUGUUAGAGCACCGCGCGAAGGACAAGCCACAGCCCGAAAUAUUUGACGAGAGACUUCAAUGGGAGUUCCGGUCGCGCGCUGAUGCGGAGAAGACAUCCGCGGCCCGGUCUGGGCCCUGGUCCACCUUGAUGACGGACUUUGCCACUCAGUUCGAAGUAUCGUCGAAUGAAUCUGAUACAGAGCCUUCCAAGUCGGUGCCAUCUGCUUGA